CUAACAUCAGACAUUCAAAUAGCCGUGCUUUUCCAGAGACAUGGGACAAGGCAGUCACGGGGGACUUUUCCUUCGCAGCGACAGACGGCAACAAACACUACAAAGAAAGGCGCUAUCAUUGUCAAAUAUGAACAGAAGCUAUGUUUCUUUUCGGAUGGUUUGAAGUUUUUUUCUUUCGUUGCUUUGCGGAGGACAUGUGUUAUAAAUGAAAACGGAAGUUAUCAGUGAAUUGUUGAUACCUACGGCGAACGGGUGCCACACCUUCAUUUAGCGCAACAGCUCCACUACCCAGCUGGCCAGAUGGGGUGCCAAUGCUGUCGGAUGCUAAAAAGUUACAUCUAUGAUCCGACCGCUCCGGUGGACGUCCACGGCAGGAAGAGGGACCCGGCUGAGACCUCCCUCUACCAGUCCCACCACCUCCCAGGUGACAGCAGGAACCAGUUCAACACCAAGCAGAACCAGGGAUUCCACAACCUGGGCUUCAGCAACAAGUGCAACGAAAGAGGAGGUGGAGGAAGCCUCAAGCUGGAGAUCGACAACAACCACAUCAACAGGCUCCACACCAUGCCCACCAACCCAGAGAGGGAGCGGGGGACGGGCCAGGCAGCCAAGCCUCGGGUGGGGGAGGGUGGUGGGGGUUUAUAUAUCCUCCAUCCAGAGGGCCAGGUACCAAGACGAGAUCCAUCCAAGGGCCCCAGCCUAGUCCAAGUCUAUCCCAACACACCCUCCCUGGAUCUUAGUCUCAAUCUGACCCACUCAGGUGACACUGACUCUCACCCAGACAAUAUUAGGAUGGUCCGGAAUGUCUCGGACCCCUCCAUCGGGGACAGGUGCGGGGUGGGGUGCAACACCUCAUCCGCGGAUGAGCUUGACGAGGGGGUGGGCGGCACGCCGGAGUACCUGGGCGACACGGGAGAUGAGCAGAGCGUCCUGUCUGCGACUAGCUUGUCCUCGGCGGGCACGAAGGAUGAUAGGGGGACGCCGGACGCCACUACCGUAGAGAGCGGGAUCGGGAUCUCAGUGAUGAAGAGCGAGGAUGAGGGGAAGGAAGGGGAAGACGAUGACGUGCAGAGCGUCACAGACUCUAUGGUGGCUGAAGCUCUGGGGGCUCUAGAGGCAGCGACCGCCGGGGAGGAUUAUGGGGAAUAACUCUUUAAAAAUGUCCUCUUACUAUUCAAAAAAAAAAACUCAAUCUAACUUUGAUAUCUAUUCAGCUUCAAUAUCUGAUGGGGUGAACAGAAGGAGAUUCUGAUUUAUUUUUUAACAUGUCACAUGGGCAUAUGUGUGACUAUUUAGCCAAGGAUUGGGUUGCGUAACGCUAGUCUGUUGCCUCAAUGUUUUCUGUACUCUCAGGAGCAGGAGAGAAGACUCUUGGCGCUCGACUGUGAAUAUUCCCUGUGUCCUAAUCACUAAACUAUGGUACAUAUUACACUUCUUGGUCUACAGCUUCUACAUUCUACAUUUCUAUGUUCCACCAACACAGCUCUGCAGUGCUUCUAGAACUUCUAUCUCUAUAUUCCGUUCUAUAAAUGUUCUAUUCAGUGGACAUACAGUACCUGCCAUUGCUUAGUUUUGUCUUCAGGGAGUUUACUGCGCUUCAUUAUAUAAACACAUUGAUAGGUCAUCUCCGGCUACUUAUUUGUGUAUCCUAUCAUGUUGUUGUUGUUGUUGUUUACCUGUUUUACUAUGUUAUUUAUAUAAUUACUUUUCCGGUUCAAUACAUGUCAGAGAUAGCUUGUCAGAGGUCUGUUUAGCUAAGAUUCCACUCCUUGCACUCCUUUCGCAAUGACACGCAGUGCAAGGAGUGGAAUGUUAGCUAAACAGCCUGGUACCCAGGCUAUGUCAGAGACAUUGCCCAAAGCUUGAAGAAGAGAGCAGACAAGAUAAAGACCAUAGAGAGAGGUAACCACAGGGGUUGUUGUUGACGUUAGUUCAGUUUACAACCUCCCAUUGUGAAGCAUACUGGGCUGACCUCAUGAGACCUUAUGACAGGAAGUAAUUAUAUCACUGAUAUACGUAGCAUCUCUGUUUCCUGUUUUCCCUCGAAUGUAAACAUUCCACAUUUGUGAUGGUUCUUUGUUUCAAUGAAGGAAAAUUAUAUUGAUUUAUUAUUUUAUCCUGACUAUCCUUUUAAAGUCAUUGUUUGUUUGCCAAAAUAAUUUCUAUGCAAAUUUAUAUGUACAUAAAAUGCAUUUUGACGUUUAAUUUGCUAUGUACUGCCAAGUAGCCUUAAAUGAUUUUUUAAAUCAAAGCACAGAUGUUUUCAGGGGCACAAUAUUUACAAAACAUAAUUGCCCGUGUUUCUCUGGUUGCUCACAAAUCCCGAUAUUCCUCUCGUACACAUCCCUCUCCCUUUUCUCAAACUCUUUCUUUCUUUCUUUCUUUCUUUCUUUCUUUCUUUCUUUCUUUCUUUCUUUCUUUCUUUCUUUCUUUCUUUCUUUCUUUCUUUCUUUCUUUCUUUCUCUCUCUUUCCCUACCAGUUCAAUUGCUCCAUCUCUCUCAAGGAUGUGCAACAAAGACAAAACCCAACCUGUAACACCUGUGUAGCCUUGGUGUGUGUGUGUGUGUGUGUGUUUUCCCUCAUGCGUUGUUUCUCUGAGGUCUGAGUGUGUGGUGUGUGUUUAGGGGAUCGUAGCUGAAAUGUCUCUCUGACAGCCCUCUGACGUUCCUUGGCGCCAGAGCCCUGGGGCCAGGCCUAACGAAGGCCCCGGAGCAUUACUCAGGCCAAAAAAAGAGACGCCAGGGACUCACAAACACCUGAUUACACCCCGGCUAAGGCGGUGAACAUGCUAACUUUGGCUCACCACAUGACGGCUAUUAGUGUGUCUCUCCCAACGUCCCCUCGCAGUAGGAGAGGAAAGCUUUUUAGAGGACACCGAAAUAUCCCAAUCUUGUGAUGUUUCUUUACUAGCUACUACCCCUUCAGCCGUCAAGGGGCCUACUUUUGGUGUGUGUGUGUGUGUGUCUGUGUGUGUGUGUCUGUGUGUGUCUGUGUGUGUCUGUGUGUGUGUGUGUGUCUGUGUGUGUGUGUGUGUCUGUGUGCGUGCGUGCGUAUGAAUGUGUAUAUGAACAAUACACAGAGGGUUACAGUUUCAACACUGACGCCUGGGGUUGACGGUCAGGUAGAAAUCUAUAUGUUGAUGAGUGAAUGGAGCUUUGUCUGUCCAACCUGUACAGUAGAUUGUCUAUUUCCCAUUGUAUAACAGCUCAUUAUCCUUGUGAGGAAGCACAGACUACAGUGGACAAAUUAAGGGUUAUAAAUGUAUUGUACGAUCUCUGUAAAAUUCACAUAAAUAAAAUGACCAUGAAAAUAA